AUAAUGUUUGUAAUUAACAUAAAUUAAAGAUUUUUUUAUUCAUUAAAGUUUUGUGAUAAGUACUUAGUUGAUAAAUAUAUCAACAACAAUUGUUCCAAGCCCUAUCAAAUUUGGUGUAUUAUUGUGUACAAAAUAGAUAAGAAUAGACUUAAAACUUUCAUUGUACUUUUUAUUGUAUGAAUAAUAAUUAAAAAUGUAUCUUUUGAGUUUUAUUUAAAAUAUUCAUUUUUCUUUUUGUUUAACUAACCUUAAUAUUGUUUUUACGUAAUUUAAUAUGCCUUUAAUACUGAUGGUUGGACUACCUUCUAGUGGUAAAACAACUAGAGCAUACGAAAUUAAAAAUUUUUUUCUGAAUACUUUAAAAAAAAAUGUUUUCCUUAUAUCAGAUAAUGAAAUAAUCGCACAAAUGGGUAUGGACAAGAAUGUUUUAUUCUUAGAAAUGAAAAAAGAAAAACAACUUAGGUCUAUAUUGCAUUCUGAAACCUUAAAAAAAUUAACAAAGGAUAAUGUUGUAAUAUUAGAUUCAGGAAAUUUUAUUAAAGGAUUUAGAUAUGAACUAUAUUGUUCUUCUAAAAGUCUUAGUACUCCUCAGUGUUUGGUGGUUUGUGAUAUUUCUCCUGCACGAGCUUGGCAGCUUAAUGAAAAUAGACCUGAAAGUGAUAGGUAUCUUAAAAGCUCUUUUGAUGAUCUUCUAAUGAGAUAUGAGGAACCAAAUCAUUCAAAUAGGUGGGAUUCACCUUUAAUAAAUUUACAGUUAACUGAUAAAUUACCAGCAGAAGAUAUCAGAAAAGCUAUUUUCGAAGUCCCUGACCCAAAACCUAAUUUAGCAACUAUAAAUACACCUUUAAGUUCAUCUUCAUUUUUAUAUGAUUUGGAUAAAACAACACAGGAUGUCAUAAAUUCGAUAAUACAGCUAAAGAAGCAAGGAAUUGAAGGUGUAAAUAUUGAAAUACCAAAUUACAAUGGGAAAUUUUUGAAUAAACUUGACAAUAAUUUAACAUUAAUACAAUUAGCCAAAUCUAGAAGACAGUUCUUAUCUUAUGCCAAAAGUCAUCCUUCAACUGAUGAUACAAAAAAUAUUGUCAAUUUAUUUAUUCAAUUCCUCAAUAACACUUUAACUUGUUAAUAUCAUAUGUAUUUUUUUUUUUUCAAAUAAAUUGAAACAAACGAAAAUUGGGUUUCAUUUAUUGAAAUAACAUUUGUCCCAGGAUAAUUUGUUAUUAUUUUUCGCAAAAAUCAAUGUUUUUAAUCAAAAGUUUACAUAAUAUAAAAUAAUUUAUGGGGUUCAUUACUACUAGAUGAAUAGUGACUCCUUGAAUUUCCCUAACAUGUAAAAGAUCCAUUAUUAUAUUUAUAAAAUGAUAAAGAUGAA